AGACAUGCUCGUAGUUUGCGACGCGCUUGUUAUUUUUCGCGGAGGGUUCAUUUGGAGAUAAAGUGUGAACAGCAAAGCAACAAUUUGUGCUUCGUCAAAAUGUCUCACAACCACGAUGACUGCUCGGAUCACGCGCACUCCGGACAAUCGAAGUUGGAGAGCGUCUUGUUCAGCUGCGAGCUGUCCUCUAAAGUCCCAUUCUACACUUUCCAGGGAGACGAAGAGGAGGACCUGGAGCACUUCCUUGAACUCAGAACAGUUUGUCUGGGAGAGGGGGCCAAGGAGGAGAGCAACGUGGUGGAGGUCACGGCCAUGAACCACCUCGGAAAGACCAAUUCAGUGCCCAUCGCCAACCUUCACCUCAGCUGCCUGCCCAUGGUGAGUCUGGGAGACUUUGAGCUGAAAGCCCCAGUGACCAUCCGGCUGAAGGCGGGAACAGGACCAGUUACCGUCAGCGGGUUACACCUCAUAGUCUCGCAGGUUGAAGAGCCCGACCUGUCGGAUGAUGAUGAUGACGACGACGAUGAUGAUGAUGAGGAAGAGAUCAGCCCCAUUAAACCAGCAAAGAAGAAGCAGCAGCAGUAGGCGGAGAGGUCACUGAUAGUCUUUUGAAACGGCCUCACUCACUCGCUGAUGUGUUUUUAAGAACUUACCGUUUUUUUGUAUAGGACUGACACAUUUUACAAAGCUACAACUUCUCCCACACAGCCAAGUGAAUGCUGAGUGUUGUGGAAGCCGAGCACGCUUUUGGUGGAAGUGACAUCAUGAUCUUACCUCUCUUUUCCACCUGUCAGUUUCUCACUGCGAUCUCUUAGUAUCAGCAGUGUGUUUAACUGAUAUUACUUAUAGAAUAACGGUAUUUGCUAUUAAAUGCUACCCAGUGUUUUAUACUGUAUGUGAUACAGUCACCACUGACAUGGAGUUAUUGCACCAGUUGUGGAAAAUGUGUUUUUACAACCAGUGGAUUCUGGUAUUGUUCUUGUAAAAGCAAAAUCCUUGUGCGUGUGUUUGUGUACACUUGUCAGGAAAGAAGCCUUUCCAGACUGAUUCCAACUGAAAGGUGCAAUCAGAUGACUUUCAUACAUCCAAUGUAUUAAAUGUUCUCGGUGCACAAGACUAUUUCCAAUUGUUUGUAUUUCCCAAAAUAUUGUUCAUCUAUGUGAUAUGGCCUUCAUAAAUGUGAAUAUUUUGUCCUCUAGUGAAUGCAUCAAGCAAACAUUGUCAUUUGAAAUCAUAAAUAAAAGACAUUUUGCCUAUUCCAUUAAGAUUA